AUGGCUGUACGUUCCGAAUCAUGGAAGGCCUCCCAGCGUGAAAAGAAACGACGAGCUCGCCGCGAACUUCGUCAACAGAGGGGAUACGACGCAAAUGCCCAUCGACAGAAAGAUGCCGAACGAACUAGGGGUAGAGCAUCAAGGAAGACGAAAGAAAGAUACAGAGAAAGGGUGCGCAAGUACGAGGAAUUUCUCAUCGAGGAGAGGAAUAUGCCUGAAAGCUAUGAAGUUGGGGAGGGGCACCCAGCUCCGACACUAGAAGAACUCAAAGAGUUUAUCCGCUGGCUCAUUGAUUCUACAAAGGGCAAGCUUGCUUCUAAUGGACGACUGACAAUGGACACAAUUUUAGUCCGGGCUCAAGAAUUCGUCCCGGGCUUUUACCUUGAGACUGGGAAUGAGAUUGCUCGUGAUGAUCGCGCCGAACUCUACCACUGGAUCGAAAAUGAAUUGGUCGAAGAGGGGGUACUGUCAACGAUCAGGAAGCCAAAGUACGAUUUGGAUUUCGAGCGUGCUAUUAUUGCUCUCUGGGCUAUUGAUGACCCAUUUUUCAUAUCUGGGAGGUAUCGUGUUCAGUUUCAUCUUAUUACUCUCCAGUUUCUAUGCACAGGUGCCCGAGUGUCGUCUUUCACACCUGCAUCAGAAAACAAAGUUGGACGAGGACUCCGUUACAGAAAUAUUGAGCUCGUACUGUUCCGUGCCGAUAAUGCUCCUUGGAGGAUUGGAUGGCGGCUUGACCAGCAGUUCGUCAAGAACAACAAAGACCCCGAGAAUACGAUGUUCGGCACUGCCAUCUGGGACUGUGAUGAACCCAUCUAUUCGGGAGCACUUUAUCUUCUAGCUCUUGCCCUUGCGGAUAAUGCUCUCUACGGGUUUUCGUCUCCUGAAGAAGUUGUUGAGCAAAGAAUACCGGAAGGGGAGGACGAACUGGUUCUUAGGUGGAACGAAGAAGCCAAAGAUCGAUGCAUCAUCCGAGGCGUCACGGCAGGCCGGGUCAGUGAAGAUCCGUUGACGAAAGAAAAGUAUCAAGCAGAUUUUAGGAAAAUCCCCGCAAAUGCUUGUUAUUUUAUGACUGCCACGAUCCAUGCAAUGUGCCGCGCUUUGGGGAAGGCUGUCAAGUCAAAGUACUCCUCCGCUCACGUCGCCCAGAUCCUGACACAGAAGUCUAAAACUGUCUAUGGAAAUGACUAUCUCGCCAACUGUUCCGGCGUGGAUGUGUUUAAUGCUUUAAGAGGUAGACUCGCCGACCACACUCACAUUAACUAUUUUCAGGGCUACGGCCAAUUCCACGAACAUGGCCUCCCACGCCGGCUACCUAUAGAAGAGGAACGAAAGAUCGAUGCAAACCCGCGUCUGGUCGCCAAAGCCAUGGAAAUUCAAAAUGCAGAGUCCAACGGGGAUACUAAUCGCCUGAAGCGCAACUACAGCAUUCUCAAGAGAGGGAUCUAUUCCAGCACGCUUCAACGAUACCAAAGUGAAUGGGUCCAGAGUCAGCGUGAUUGGAAGAUUCUGACCCGGGGCCGGGAACGCCCGGACCAUGCAGAGCAAACUGCAGAAAAGCAAGCUCAGUGCAAGCUCAUGCCCGAAUUAGGUCGCUUAGCGGCUAUCAUGUCGUCUAAGGAGCCUCUUUCGUUUGACGAAAAAGCCGUCGCUGUGAAAGAUUUAUACACUCAAUGCCUCCGAGACUUUGACGUGGUCUACCGCCCGGGAGAGGAGCCCCUUGAUGGCCGAUGCCCUGUGGAUGGUUGUGAUUUCGAAAGCAUGAGAGGAGCAACCACAUCCAUUCUUGCGUUCGACGAGAAGUGUCUCGUACAAAUGGAAUCCCUCCCGAAAAGCCACGUAUCUACCGAUGAGCAGCAUUACCGGCGACACCUCCAUGACGCGCACCAUUACAACAAAGCAAUUUGCGUACCAUCUGAGAAGGCCCGCAAGAAGCGAUCGUCCUCUGAAAUUGACGAGGAAUCUGUCGCGGACGGGAACCCACCUAAGCGGCAGAGACGCCCUCGGAGACAACGGAAGACGACUUUGGCACCCUCAAAUGCUAGUACAAAGGACCUGAAGAUCAUUCUCUGGGGGCCUCCCACAACAAACCCCCAGGCCAUGUUCCCUCUCCCCGCUGAGGCAGAGCAUGAGAAUGAAGAGUGCCUGAAGGAUCUGACCUGUCAAGCAAUCAAUCACUGCGAGAACUUUAGCGAAACACUUUAUAUAGGUCAGGAUGGCGACAGUAUCCGCUCGGCCUCAUCUGAUACUCCGAACCUCACUGAUAAUCCGGGCCCCUCAGCAAUCAGCUCGGUUCCCGGCACUAUUCCAAUCGACCCGCGGAUUCUGGAUGUAUCUACGACUAUCUUAUCUUACCUAGGAGGUGAGCUCCAACAGUACGAUGAGUGUAACCUCAGCGAGCAGUUGGCGAGCAGCCCUUUGGCAGAGCAGCCUUGA